CGCUGCUGCUGCGGGAUCCUCCGGGGAGCGGGGAUAAGGCGACGGGGGUGUUUCUGUCAGCCCGCCGUCAGAUGAAGCUAAUUUCUGAGUGUCGUUGAUUCUGUCUGGUCUUAUCUGAAGGGAGGGUCCUGCUGGAGGAGGAAUAACAAACCGUGGAAGGAGGUGACAUGCCCUUCACUGCUUGGCGCAGUCGGUGCGCUGACCGCUGUCAGACGUGGACUAGGUGAAGACCGGAAUGGUGCAUUUAAAUUUCUUUAUUUAACGCGGUGGGAGCCUUUUCUCAGUUCUCUGUCUGUCUCUGGAUUAUAUUCCGAGGGGGAAUAACAGCGAUAUAUGCCCGGUCGCCGAGCCGGAGCGACGGGAGAAUGCAGCACAGCGGGUGUUUGGCUGCAGGUGGAUGGCCAACCUGACCGUCCCAGCCGCCGCUUCCCUCCCGCUCAGCCGCCGCUGCCGCUGCAGCAGCAGGUCUGGCUUCACCCGGAGCUCUGAAAACAAACUGAAAACCAACAGAACGACCAAACCAGACAAAUAAACCCGAGCCAUGCUUCCAGGGGUCGGCGUGUUCGGCACCAGCCUGACCGCCAGGGUGAUCAUCCCGCUGCUGAAGAAUGAGGGCUUCGCCGUUAAAGCGCUGUGGGGCCGGACGCAGGAGGAAGCGGAGGAGCUGGCCAAGGAGAUGAACGUACCUUUCUACACCAACCGGAUCGACGACGUGCUGCUGCAUCAGGAUGUGGAUCUGGUCUGCAUCAACCUGCCGCCGCCUCUGACGCGACAGAUCGCAGUCAAAACACUGGGUAUCGGAAAGAACGUCAUCUGCGACAGGACCGCCACGCCUCUGGAUGCCUUCCGGAUGAUGUCAGCGGCCCAGUACUACCCUAAGUUGCUGAGCAUUAUGGGAAAUGUGCUACGUUUCUUGCCGGCCUUCGUUCGAAUGAAGGAGCUCUUGGAGGAAGGGUACAUUGGGGAGCUUCUGGUCUGUGAGGCCCAGGUCCACAGCGGUAGUCUCCUAGGGAAGAAAUACAACUGGAGCUGCGAUGAUCUGAUGGGAGGGGGCGGCCUGCACUCGGUGGGCAGUUACAUCAUCGACCUGCUUACCUUUCUGACGGGCCAACGCGCAGCAAAAGUCCACGGCUUCCUAAAGACCUUUGUCAAACAGACGGACCACAUCCGGGGCAUCCGUCAGAUCACCAGCGACGACUUCUGCACGUUCCAGAUGGUAUUGGAGGGAGGCGCCUGCUGCACCGUCACGCUCAACUUCAACGUGCCCGGAGAGUUCCGUCAGGAGGUGAUCGUUGUGGGCACCGUCGGGCGGUUAACGGUGACGGGGACGGACCUGUACGGACAGAAGAACAGCGGGGGCGGAGGAAGUGGCGGCGGCCCUGAACUGCUGCUCAAGGACACCACGCCUCUGGAGAAGGCUUCUUUACCGGAGAAGGCCUUCAGUGACAUUCCGUCCCCGUAUCUCACCGGGACGAUCCGCAUGAUCCAGGCCGUGCGGCAGGCCUUUCAGGACCAAGACGACCGGCGGACGUGGGACGGGAGGCCUCUGACGAUGGCUGCCACCUUUGAGGAUUGCCUCUACGCUCUUUGUGUGGUGGAUACCAUCAAGAAAUCCAACCAGUGCGGAGAGUGGCAGAACAUUGUGGUGAUGACAGAGGAACCAGAGAUCAGCCCGGCCUAUUUAAUCAGCGAGGCCAUGCGGCGGAGUAGGAUGUCACUCUACUGUUAGCAUCUGGCGGAUGUGGUAACCUCAUCAGGAUGACUGGCGGUGGCACUGGAAGGGCAUCAGUGUUGCUGGAACCUUUUUUUUUUUACAGCUACUGGUUUGUUUUAAUACUGUCGAGUCUUGUAUCGUUCCUGUUACGGACAGAGAGGUUACGCCACUAUAAUACAGAGAGUUAUGGCUUCCUGUCAUCCUGCCUCUGCACCAGAGGAAAAGCAAUGUGAUUAAUAAUCAAACCUUUAUUUAUGAGGAAGUCUUUCCCUUCUUCUCUCCUUUGAAAGAGGACUUGAGAUGCACUUGUAAAUCAAACUGAUUCAUACAACAGAAAGACAGAGAUACGGUCUCAGAGUGGAACUAAUACUACUGUGUUCUGCUUGACCAUAAGGGUAUUUGCGCCUCUCAUCUCUGCUCCUCCUCUACUUGACUGGGUCUGGAAGUCAACACCUUACACUGUGGGUCCCAAUGAGGACAGCCAAGGAAGAACGACGGUCCUCUCAGUUAAAACUGUGCCGCUCUGUUGUUGCUACCAUCUGAAGAACUUGCUAGUUUCACCAAGUGAAUGUUUAUUAAAAAAAAUCAGUGUGCUUGAUAGCUUCAUUCUCCGUCUGCUCCGUAUGCUUCCCUGUGAAACAAGAGAGAGAAAAAAAAUCAAUAGUUUGGCUGGUGGGUUUUCAGAGGGGUGAACCCUCUGGUUAAUGUAUGCAAUACACUCAGGCUGUAGUGUGCAGCAGAAAUACUUUAAUCUUCCAGCCUGGAGUCAAGGGUUAAGAUGCACUAUGGUUUCCCUUUAUGCAGCUACAGCAGCCUGUGCAUCAGUUUGCGAGUCCUGGACGAGCGGCCAAAGCAGUGAUACAUUGUGUUUAUUUUCUGUACACAGCCAUGAAAUCUACUGAAUCCUCUGUGAUGAGUUAGCACAUAUCUCUACUGAGCCUUAACUGUGGGUAGUGAUACAAUCUUACACUUAGCUGCAAGUAAAUACUAAGCCACUGUAUGUGGGGGUUUUGUCCACAUGUCGCAAUACAAUGGAUCACCACUGACGUGCCGAGUGACAUGCAGGCUUGUCAGUUUGCACUGAACCCUGACUGGAAAUUUGCAGCUUAACAGUGGUAGAUAGUGGAAUAUAUUAGCGUUUCUUUCACUUUCUGUUGGAGGUGUCAAACGUCAACGCUGGUGUUAUUCUUAGUGUGAGAAAAUCCCAUGAAAAGCAAAGGGUUAAUCUGCCUCUCAGUACUUUCUCACUUCCCUACCUAAGCCUAUUGAUUCCUACUGAAGAAAUCUUAAAGCUGCACCAAUAGCAGUGGCUCAAAUGACCCACUGAAGGUUUUCACCUGUCUCUGCGCCUCCUCUCAGCUCAAAGUAGCAUUUUAGCAUCUUUUGACUCAUUGUUUUCAUUAUACAAUCUGUGACUUUGCAGCCUCAUUUCCAGCAUUUAGCUGUUGACUACGACACACACCUGCAGGUGAAGGACGGUGUACGUAAGAUUUACUCAAACAAUGAAGCUCUUUAGCACAGGUUACUGUCAAUUAAUUGCUGUUUUCUUGUCUUUUCAUGGGAUUUUUGACCAUAAGAAAAACAUGGAAUAUCACCAGUCUUAUAAAGCAGCAAUUACAUGUGCAGAACAGGAUUUAUCCAGAAGAGCCUCUGAGUAAAGAGAGAAGAAAAACCUACCAACCUGUGAGUACUCAGUAGUUACUACUCCAUUAUUACAUGAGUACUCAGCUCUCAUGGGUUGGACUUCACCCAGCUUCAAACUUGGCCUUCAUUUUGAUCUCAGCUACACACCUGUAAAGUGUUGUGAUGAUAUGAGCCCUGCUGUCGCAGCUGGUAACAUGUGAGUGAUAUAUCAUAUAUCAGGAUAUUAUUUUUGCCUCAUCAUGAUUCAUCAGUAACUUCUCAUAGUCUCCUCCUGCCUGUCCAUCACAUGAGGUGGCUAAAACAAACCAUCAGGAAGUAUUUGCAGACUAAUGGUUUGGUAUCGCUCAGUACAGGUGAAGAACAACACUGACCUACGAGCCAAAAGAUUGAUUUUUUUUAAUGCAUCUCUGUGCCCCUGUGUGGUUUCAGGUUCUUAAUCUGUGCUGAAAUACUAUCUAUGUAACGACUACUGAAAAUGAACAUAUGGAAAUAUUAUAAAACUAUGUGUUUGUCUAAAGAAAUAAACAAGUACUGUAUGUAUUUUAUUUGUAUAAACCAAGGAACUGGAACAUGUUUCGAUUUUGAGUGUUACGGUAUUUAUUCUUUGUUUUUGCUGUUGAAGUUUUGUGGACUGACCUGCAGUGUGUUUGGGAGAUUAACAGCAGACUGAGGCCUUGGAGCGUUCAGCUUCUUAGUUCCCUGUUUAUCAGAUAUUGACCAAAAUGGCUUAAACACGCUGUUGUGAGAAAAGCUUUAUGUUUGAUCUGAAGAUCAGUGAAGUGUCAUAAACCAUCACAGUCAUAAUCCAACAGAACUACACUGUCACUCAGUGCAAAGAGUCAAUAGUUGUAGCUGUUCAUAGGUCAUAGUAUCUAACAGUAACGUCUGACCCCCUUUUAUUGUUUAGUGUUUUGUAUUGAUGCUUGGCUGAGGCCACAUUACAGUCCAUGCUGUGGUGUGGUCAGACACACAGGACUUUGUAACACAAAAACACACACCAUUGCUAGCCAGUCUGCCUGAGUCCAACACUGAUAAGCUAUCUCUCGUCAAGAUAACUCCAGUUAUAUUAUCGCCCCUUGUGUCCCAAGCGCCUUAUCAAAUCUGCGUAUAGACUUUCCCCCUUUGUCUGAUAACAGCUCAAAAUAUAGAAAUGUCUGAUUUACUCUUAGGAAAAUGUUUUCAUUCGUUCUCUGUUCCGUCUUGAAAAGCAGCUCGAUCUGACUGAAGAUUUAUGAGUGAGGAGGCAUCAGUGAGUGUGAGAGAGAGAGCGAGAGAGAGAGAGAGAGAGAGAGAGAAAAGAAAUGGUCCAGGGUCCAAAUCACGGUUCCUACAUUCAGGUCUUCAUCAGACCUGUAAACACACUUUAUUACUGUCUGGUUUAUGGUUCUGAGCUGAUGUAGCCUUGGAUGUUGAGACCUAUGGAGUCUGAUUCGGAGGUGAAUGAUUUCCUUUUCCCGCUUUAGUUCACUGACAGAUACAUGCAGGGAAUCUGAGGUGAGAGAGCAGAGAUUACACCUCCAUCACAUGUUAGACAGUUGAUGGCUCUUGUAUAUUUUAAAUGCGAUCAAACACUUCAGUCAUUUGUGUGAGUUGCCUUGCGUUUUGAGCUUAAACAGAAUGGAUACCAGUGGUGAUAGCAAGUAAAUUAAGGAGAUAAAGUCUGUGUCCUGUAUGUCCCCGUAAAAUCCUUAGAGUGGUUUAGUCCAGUGGUUUUUAUCCACAGAAGGAAGGUCAUACCAUUGUUGUUUACAGGGUUACGUGAAACAAACUGAAGGUUAAUCGUUUGUUUUCGGUCGCUUUAAUUACAUUAGAUGAGUAUUUUCAAAUAUUUUACCUGCUCCUAGUUCAUCAUCUGUUUUUACACCAUGGCAACUUGGCUUAAAUCACCAUUCAUUACCCACAACUCCACUGCUUUUGGCAUCUGUGUGUAGGAAUCCACACACAAUAGACCCAGUAUGUUUAAAUCAGCUCGGGUCCCACGCUGACUUUAAAUUCGCUAUAUUUAGUGUCCCAGGGGUGAGAAGAAGAUAUUUAAGAAGCCGCAGCUUUAACAUUAGCUUAAUCAGAUGUUCCCAAUUCUUUCAAGUGCUGGAAACGUUGCUGGAUUCACUGUGAGUUUGUGCUGGCUGGAGGUUUUUUACCCACAUCCUCACAAACUCAUCCUCCUCCCUGAAAGCGGCUCAGCAGACACAUCCUCCUUUCUCUGUGGUGGAUGUAUCAUCAGCAUCUGCAGGAGGCUUUUCUAAAGUGCAGGAAUUUCAUUGACCCUUUACUUAACACUUUGCUGCUCAUCAGUGACACAGGUUCACACUUAUCUCUGCAUGGACUUGCGAUGGGCAGCACCCUGAAACAGAUGAUGAAAUAUCUGGGUUCUGAAGCACUGAAUAUUUAAUGAGAGGAAUUUUAAUGAGCGGAUACAGAACAGUAUGAGGAGCUGAUGCUUUUUAAAUAGUCAGCAAAAUCAAAUCUUUGUUGGUGUUGUUUUUUUUUAAACUCUUGACUGAUAUUUCUUUUAAAUGUUGAAUCACUGAAUAUUUUUAUUCUUGCUGAGAAGCUGUUACAUGUCGGUUACUUGCAGGACUGCAAAAGAGGACUUGUGUUUCCCACGAUGACAAAUGCUGGUUUUCUGUUGCCAACAGCUGUUUUGUUUACCAUUUAGCUUGCUGCUCGUGGCCUGUUGAGGAUGAGCCGAGUCUGUGCUUCACCUUGCACUUUGACUGCCUUCUCUGCUGACAGUCAGGAUGAUGAAUUGCUUAUUCUCGCUUUGCCAGCAUUCACAAACAGUUCAGGAAAGGCCCUCACU